AUGAAAAGCGUGGACAGUUCACAUCGAUGGGAGAUUGAUUCGACAACGCCCGACGCCGAUGCUACUAAUAAUGUUCGAGAAGCGGCUGAAGUGAUUCUUUUGGCAGCGGACAGUUUGAAAACAGCAAAAUAUGCCCAGACACUGUGACAUUGCCAAGGGCCAAACUUCUUUGUUGAGAAAAGGAUUGAUGAAAGGAUGGGUUUGAAACCGCUUACCGAAAUCUCUGAUAUAAACCAUAUUUAA